AUGGAGAAAAGAGAGGAACAUUACUCUAACUACUUUGUCCAAAGCCCUUCAUCGGGUUUCCAUGAUCCGGGAUCCGAAUUCCAGUCCCCAUCUCGAUCUGAUUCAGUACCAUUGGUCUUAGCCAGCGUCAGUGAAUUCCCAAAGUACUCAGAGUUCUUGAAAUAUUCUGAAAACAAAUGUGUGUAUGAGGAUGAUGAGAAGGGGUUGAUGCCAUUGCGGAGCCCUAAUUCCCGUUGGUGGAUCGUUCUGCAAAUACUGUGGAGGUUUUUGUUCAGCUUUGGAGUGGCAUUGCUUGUCUUCUACAUUUCUACUCAGCCUCCUCAACCUAACAUUUCUCUUCGAAUUGGAAGGUUUAAUCAGUUCGUAUUAGAAGAAGGCGUGGAUUCACAUGGAGUGUCGACUAUGUUCCUCACUUGCAAUUGCUCUACCAAGCUCAUAGUAGAUAACAAGUCUAAUGUCUUUGGCCUGCACCUUCAUCCUCCAACUAUCAAAUUUUUCUUCGGCCCUCUCAACUUUGCAAAGGCAGAGGGAACUAAACUAUAUGCAUCAAGCCAUGAGUCAACAACAUUUCGACUAUACAUAGGAACAAAUAACCGGGCGAUGUAUGGGGCAGGAAGAGAGAUGGAGGAUAUGCUUCAAUCGAGAGCUGGAUUGCCUCUAAUACUACGGAUGAAAUUAAUCUCCGACUUUCGAGUUGUCUGGAAUAUAAUAAACCCUAAGUAUCAUCACAAUGUCGAUUGUUUAUUGCUUCUUUCUUACAACGAGAGACACAACCAAGUUACAGUGGUAAGAGAAACAUGUAGAUUGGUAUCAUAG